AUGCCCAAGGCCGACUCCCCAGUCUCGCAGCCUGUUGCUAUGGCAGAGGUAGGACUGCAAGUGAAGUCGCUACAGAAGACAUCAGACGCCCUGAGUACAGCCCUUGCAGCUGCCAAAGAACGAUUCUCCAAGAGAAACCCAAACUCCAAAGAGAUUUUUGAAGGAGCAUGCGAUCAUCUUCCGGGAGGCAAUACUCGAACUCUAUUAUAUACGGCUCCGUUCCCGGUUUGCAUGAAGAAAGGGGAGGCUUACCAAGUUUUUGAUGAGGAUGGCCACGUAUAUACGGAUUUCGUUGGCGAACUCACAGCAGCACUGUACGGGCAUUCCCACCCACUUAUUCAAAAGUCCCUUAUCAACACUAUGCAAUCUAUCGGACUCAACCUCGGCGCCACCAUUCAGCAAGAGAAUGUACACGCCAAACUCAUAUGCGAGCGUUUCAAUCUCAGCAAGAUCAGGUUCUGCAAUUCAGGGACUGAGGCUAAUCUGCAUGCCCUUGCAGGCGCAAGACGAUUUACAGGCAGGAGGAAAGUGGUUGUGUUCUAUGGUGCCUAUCACGGCGCUGUGCUUGGUUUCUGGGAUGGCGUCCAAGAGAACGGUGUCGAUAAGGCAGAAUGGGUUAUUGGGAAGUAUAAUGAUAUUGAAGGGGCAAAACGCCUGAUCGAGCAGGAUGAUAUUGCGGCAGUUUUAGUAGAAGGCAUGCAAGGAGCUGGUGGAUGUAUUUCUGGCACAAACGAGUUCCUUCUUCAGUUGCAGACGAGCGCGAAAAAGGUUGGAGCAAUAUUCAUCUUAGAUGAAGUCAUGACGUCUCGUCUUGGACCUGGCGGGCUUCAAGCAAUCGUUGGACUAAAUCCGGACAUUACCACGCUCGGAAAGUAUCUCGGCGGCGGUCUAGCCUUUGGGGCGUUUGGCGGCCGUACUGAUAUCAUGGCGGUCUAUGAUCCUCGAUCUGCAAACUCUCUUGCACACUCUGGUACAUUCAAUAAUAAUACUCUCGCUAUGUACGCCGGGCACGUUGGUCUUUCGGAGAUCUGGACGUCAUCUGUUGCCGUAGAGUUUAAUAAGAGAGGCGACGCGUUCCGUGCGAAGCUGCAGGCUGCGAUAGCAGGAACGAAGAUGAGUGUUACGGGACAGGGUGCAUUGAAUGCCGUGCAUUUCUCUGAGGGUGGGAAGACAGAGAUUGCUUGUAGUGAUGAUAUUUCGGAGGAUUGGGGUCUAAAGGAUCUGUUCUUUUUGGAGAUGAUGGAAGAUAGUUUCUGGAUUACUCGGAGAGGAAGCAUUGCUCUUAUGUUGCCUACUCCAGAUAGUGAGAUGGAUAGAUUCAUCGAGUGUGUUGGGCGAUUUUUGCAACGUCACAAGGAUCUCGUUGCGUUGUAA